AUGUCCACUGUGCGAACUUCACGGAAAUCCCCAUCACGAAAUAUCUCUGUGUCAUUUCGACCUUUUCCUAACGCAGACUCACUUGACAUCAAACUAACGCAGCAGCAUGUCCAGACGCUUCGUAUGGGUUCAGCGACAUUUCCAGCUAUGCACCAUAGUUCUGUAACGUCUCGCACGAUGUCUCACGCAUUCUCUAUUCAUGCUUCUGGAAAGCUAACACCCCCUCCCCAAUAUAAUCCUCUUGGGCCUGCAGUGCAGUAUCCUUACCUCCUCAAGUCCGACGGCAUCUAUUCAUGCCGCGUGGGCGGUCCCCGGCUAUACGAUCUUCUAAACACACUGCCAUUAGAUGAGUUUGGUGUUCUCGCAUGGGUCAUCCUCGAUAGAGAAGAAAUCUUCGAGAUAGAUGACGUGAGAGAUGAAGACAAGGUCAUGCACUGGUAG